AUGGGGUCGGAUUUGCCGGAGAAGGGGUUGGUGCUGCUCAGUUCAUGGCCCAGCAUGUUCGGGAUUCGCGGUGUGAUCGCCCUGGAGGAGAAGGGGUUGGAGUACGAGUACCGGGAGGAGCAUCUGGGAAACAAGAGCGCCACCCUCCUGCGCCUCAAUCCCAUCCACAAGAAGGUUCCCGUCCUCGUCCACGACGGUCGCCCCAUCUGCGAGUCCCUCAUCAUCCUCCAGUACAUCGACGAGACCUGGCCGGGGGCAGACGGUGCGCCGUGUUUCCUCCCCGCCGACCCUUUCGCCCGUUCCCAGGCUCGCUUCUGGGCUGAUUUCAUCGACAAGAAGGUGAGUUUCCUCUCGCUUUCUUCUCUCUCUGUCUCUCUGUCUCUCUCUCUCUUCUCUCUCUGUGUCUAUCUCUCGCUCGUUCUCUCUGUGUUCUCCCUCUCUUCUCUCCCUAUCGAUAUCGACCAAGCUGGGGCUGGCUGGCAUCCGCUUCUUGAUCUUCCUCAGAUUCUCGUCGGGCUGGGUUCCGAGGAGCAGUGAGGCCUUCCACCUGAAAAAUCUGCCUUUUCUUCUCCGCUAUUACUCUUCCCGCCGGAAAUCAGGGUCCUCUGCUCUUCGUAAAUCUAUGGAAAAUCUCGUUUCCGGUGAUGUGGGCUGAAACAGUCACAUACGAAGCUCGCUCCCAAGAAUCUCCCCUUCACCUUUUACCUGCUGAUAUGCAACGCUUCUUCCAGUCCUAAAUGCUUCAGGGACCAACUAUGGUAUUCAGGAAACCGAUUCACCUCGUACUCUCCAAGCCUAACUGCCCUUCUAUACUUCGACGAGCAUCUAGCUUUCGGAAACAGGAGCUCAAUCUGCGGAACCUUCAUGCUUCGCAGGUAUAUGAUGCCGGGACCAGGCUGUGGAAGAUGAAGGGAGAGGAGCACGCCGAGGCGAAGAAGGAGUUCAUAGAAUCCAUGAAGCUGCUGGAGGGAGAGCUCGGAGAGAAGCCCUACUUCGGGGGCGAAACCUUUGGGUUCGUAGACAUCGCCCUUGUGUCCUACGCUUGCUGGUUUCACACCUACGACGUGACUGGAGGCCUCAACAUGGAGGCUGAGCUGCCCAAGCUGAUGGCCUGGGUGAAGAGGUGCAAGGAAAGGGAGAGCGUCUCCAAGGCCCUUCCAGACCCUCUCAAGAUCUACGACUUCUUGCUCUCCCUCAAGAAGAGAUAUGGGAUCGAGUAG